CCUCUUGUUGUUCACUGGAAGGGAUGUCUCUGCGUGUGGCAGCAUCAAAUUUGCUUAAAAAGCUUCGCUUUUCUGCAUCCCAUGCCUUCCCAGCCUCUAGAGUAACCACAGAUGCAUUGCCCAUCUCGUUUUCUGGUAAACUCAAACUUUCCCAUUGGUAUCAAACUGGGGCAUAUGGUUGGAGGAUAAAUCUUAGGGAUCCUUAUCUAUGGAUUGUUAUAUCUGGACAUGUAGCAAUGACUCUGGGGAUUAGUGCCAACACAGUGUUUGCAGAAGAUGCAAAAGCUGAAGCAUCUUCUGGUAAUGACCCUGGGGAUGACUUAAUUGGAUUAAACAAAAUUGAGGAUGGCUCUGUGGUAUCAAAUAUACAUACAGCCAAAUGGAGAGUUUUUACAGAUAAAGCGAGAGAUUUUUUCCUAGAGGGAAAACUAGAUAAAGCCGAAACGCUCUUCCUUUCUGCUAUACAAGAAGCUAAAGAAGGUUUUGGCCAGCGAGAUCCACAUGUUGCGUCUGCAUGCAACAAUCUGGCAGAGUUGUACAGGGUCAAAAAGGCAUUUGACAAAGCAGAACCAUUGUAUUUGGAAGCUAUCAACAUAUUAGAGGAAUCUUUUGGUCCUGACGAUAUACGGGUUGGGGUUGCUGCUCACAACCUUGGGCAGUUCUACCUUGGACAGCGGAAGUUGGAAAAAGCUCGUGCUAGCUAUGAGAUAAAAAGGCGUGUUCUGGGAUAUAGCCAUUCAGAAUGUUCAGAUACAACGUAUCAUCUAGGAGUGGUGCUGUAUCUUCAAGGAAAAGAAAGGGAUGCUGAGGCCCUUAUUGGGGACUCUAUAAAGAUGCUAGAGGAAGGUGGUGAAGGGGAGUCAUCUUUAUGCAUUAGAAGACUUCGAUACCUCUCACAGAUAUAUUUCAAAUCACAACGUCUUGCUGAAGCUGAGAUGGUCCAGAGAAAGAUCCUGCAUACUAUGGAAUUGUCAAAGGGAUGGAAUUCCUUGGACACAGUUAUUGCUGCUGAAUCUUUGGCUCUGACCCUGCUAGCAUCUUGUAAUACAAAAGAUUCAAAAGAACUUCUUGAAAGAUGUCUUAAUGCCCGAAAAGCCGUACUUCCUGGUGACCAUAUUCAGAUUGGUGCAAACCUACUGCAUCUAGCAAGAGUGGCAAUGCUUGAUUGCAGCCAACAUAAAAAGUGGGAUCGCUCUAGAGCUGAGGCUGAGCUUGAUACGGCAAAGGAUCAUUUGCUUAAUUCCAUAAGGAUUGCACGUCAAUAUUUAGAUAAGGUAUUGAAACAAAAACAAAAGUUGAGGAAAUACAGUGUGCCUGGAGAUUCUAGAAAGGAAGGCCAAACAGCACUAGUCAUUUUGUUGCAAUCACUCAGUACUUUGUCAUCGGUGGAGUUAGCUAAGCAAGAAUUGCAGGAGACUCAGGAAGGGAAUAUUAACCUUGAGGCUCAGGAGGCACUUCUUCAAUGCAUUUCUACUUACAAGGAGUUUGUAUAUGAGAAGAAGUCAAUUGCUGAUACACCUGAAAUAAAGAAUGAGUACCUUUCAUGUUUAAAGCGUGCUCAAAACUUGCUUGGUAAUAAACUUGAUGAGGAGCCAAGCAAUCAAAAGGAUUUCCAAAAGCUGAAUCAAACAUCUUCUUGAAGGGUUUUGUUUUGUUUUGUUUUGUUUUUUU